CCAGAGCAGCUGGAGCUGCCUCUGGAUCCCUGGAAUAUCCAAGGAAUAGCGGGAAGCGUCCCUGCCCAUGGAAUGGGAUGAGCUUUAAGGCCAAACAAUUUGGGAAUUCCCCGAUCCCAUGAAAUCCAGGUGCCAUCCCAAACCUCAGGAACGCAGCCCAAAAAAUCCACGCCGGCUUAAAAACCGCUUGGAAAAGCCCAGAAUUCCAACCCUCCGCCACUCCCGAGGAAUCCCAAACUCACCUCGAAUCCUGGUUGGUUUUUUUUUUUUUUUCUGUUUUCACGGAAAAAAAAGGCGAAUCCCCUCCCCAAUCCAACAGCUGGGAUCACUCAGGAAGCAGCUGGCAACAACAAAAAACCUGGCAAAGCCACGCAGGGAUUACAAAGGGAAUUCCUUUCCCUCUGGAUGAGCGGGAAGCGCUCCCGCUGCUCCCGAUCCCCCUUGCCCGGGGCUCUGUCACUGACACCGCCUCAUUAAUUAAUUAAUUAGCGGCUUCCAGCGGCUGCUCCCGCGCUGCGAGCAGCGACUCUUCGGCCGCGAUCCAUAAAAUCCCGGGAUCCGAAGGAGCUGGCACAAACAAAUCCCUGGAGGAGGAGAAGAUGGCGUGGGAUGCAGCCUGGAAUUCUGCUCGCUCCCCGGUGGGAUUUUCCUGCCUCAUCCUGGCCCGCUCCAGACUUUCCCUGGCGCAGCUGAUCGAGGCCACCACGGCGCCUCCCAAGAAAAAGCCGGAUCCGGUGACGUCGGAGACCGUGGUCAUCUGGGGGCUCCGCCUCUGGCAGGUGGUCGGGAUCUUCGCCCUCUUCGUCCUGUCCAUCAUUAUCACCCUCUGCUGCAUCUUCAAGUGCCGCAUUCCGCGCACCCGGAAGGAGAUCGAGGCUCGCUACGCCCAGCGCCAGGCGGCCAAGAACUACGCCGACAAACUGGACACGGUGCCGCCCCUCAACGAGCUCACCGACAUUCCUGGAGGCUCUCCCGAAAAUCUCCUCACUCUCUCUGGCCAUGUCCAGUCCAGAGCUCUCCACUCCCUGCCUGUCCUGAAGGAAGAGGAUGAGAUGGUUCUCCAAGGAAAUUAGGGAUUGAUUCCCGGCUGCCUGUGGCUUCUCUUUCCCAAGGGGAUCCAUCGACCCUUGGAUUUUCUGCUUCUCCAUCCCUGGAUUUUUCUCCUGUUUCCUCAACACCUUUUUAUGGCUUUUUUUUCCCCCCUCUUUCCUGUGUCUCUCCAAGCUGUAAUUCCAUAAAAACGGUGUUUCCUUAA